AUGUCUUCCUUCACUCCUGCCCAGUCUGAUGAUGUAUCCGUUGCAACUAUCCGUGCUCUUGCGGCCGAUGUUGUUACCAAAGCCAAUUCAGGGCAUCCUGGUGCCCCGAUGGGCAUGGCUCCAGUUGCUCAUGUCCUCUACUCCCGUUUCAUGAACAUUAACCCCAAAAAUUCAAAAUGGUUCAACCGUGACCGAUUCGUUCUUUCUAACGGUCAUGCAUGCGCAUUGCAAUAUGUCCUACUACAUCUUCUGGGCUAUAAACUUUCAAUGGAUGACUUGAAGGCAUUCCGUCAGCUGGAUUCCUUGACUCCUGGACAUCCAGAAGCAGGACAUACUGACGGUAUUGAGGUUACGACUGGUCCUCUUGGCCAAGGAUUCGGGAACGGUGUGGGUCUGGCUAUUGCUCAAGCUCACCUCGGUGCUGUAUUCAACAAGCCAGGUUUUGAACUGAUCAACAACUUUACAUACGUGUUCAGCGGCGAUGGUUGUCUCAUGGAGGGUGUCGCCAGUGAGGCGGCAUCUCUUGCUGGUCAUCUGCAACUGGGUAAUCUCAUAGUGAUUUACGAUGACAACCAUAUCUCUAUUGAUGGUGAUACUGCUGUGGCUUUCACUGAGAACGUUGGGCAACGUUUUUUGUCAUAUGGCUGGCAAGUCCUUCAUGUCGACAACGGUGAUUCUGAUUUCCGGGCAAUUUACAACGCAAUUGCCGAGGCUAAGCUGGAGAAAAGUAAACCCACACUUAUUUGUCUCAAAACCACCAUUGGUUUCGGUUCCAAACAACAGGGAACUCACGGAGUUCACGGCUCUCCUUUGAAAGCGGAUGAUAUUCAAGCCCUCAAGACCAAGUUUGGUCUUCCAGCAGACAAAUCAUUCUUCGUCCCACCUGCAACAUACGAUGCAUAUGCCGAUAUUGGCAAGCGUGGUGCUUCUUUAGAAGCUCAGUGGAAUUCCUUACUAGGAGAAUAUGGCCAAAAAUACCCCAAAGAGCAUGGCGAACUUACCAGACGUAUUUCUGGUGAACUUCCUACAAACUGGGAACAAUGCUUGCCUGUCUACAAAUCAACAGACGCUGCUCAAGCCUCACGCAAACUCUCCGAAAUCGUUCUCACGGCUCUCGCACCGGUUCUCCCUGAACUCCUUGGAGGAUCUGCUGAUUUGACUGGCAGUAACCUUACUAAAGUUAAGGGGUCGGUUGAUUUCCAGCCUCCUAGUACCGGUCUCGGGAAUUAUGCGGGUACUUACAUCCGAUAUGGUGUUCGUGAACACGGUAUGGGUGCGAUCGCUAACGGUAUACACGCUUAUGGUGGUAUUAUUCCUUAUGUUGCCACAUUCUUGAAUUUUGUUUCAUACGCUGCCGGUGCCGUCCGUCUUUCUGCUCUUAGUGGCCAUCAAGUUAUCUGGGUCGCUACUCAUGAUUCUAUCGGCCUCGGCGAAGAUGGACCCACUCACCAGCCGAUAGAGACUGCCAUCCAUUUCCGCUCUACGCCCAACCUCGCCUUUUGGCGUCCUGCCGAUGGCAACGAAACAUCUGCUGCGUACCUCGUAGCCCUCAAAUCCAAGAAGACCCCUUCAAUUCUCUCCUUGUCCCGCCAAAACCUCCCCAAUCUUGAGGCUUCCUCGAUCGAGAAAGCUGCCAAGGGUGGCUACGUCGUUCACGAGGUUGAAAGUGAAGACCUUACGAUCGUCAGCGCUGGUAGUGAAGUUUCGAUCGCUCUGGAAGCUGCCGCCAAGCUCAACGCCGAAGGCGUCAAGACACGCGUGGUCAGCUUACCAUGCUGGCUUGUGUUCGACAAGCAGCCUGAAGAAUACAGAUUGAGUGUGCUUAGGAGCGGCGCCCCUAUCCUCUCCCUUGAGGCUCUCUCUACUGCUGGAUGGUCGAAGUACAGUCACGAGCAAUACGGUCUUCCUGCAUGGGGCGCAUCUGGACCUUACCAAAAAGUGUACGAGAAAUUUGGUAUCACUGGUUCAAACAUCGCGGUCGUCGGAAAGAAGGUUGUCGACUUUUACAAGCAAAAAGGUGGCCCCGUUGUUUCUCCUUUGGUGAAGGCGUUCACGCUCUAG